AUUGAACAGGAAGUUUAAAGACGGUAGAAAAAUAUAGCGUGGUAUAUUGUCUUUUAUGGAAAAACUCACGAUACACUUAUAUGAUGGGGCAAAAGUUGUAGUGUUUUUUGACAACUUUCAGUAUUUUCUUGAAAAUGUUAUUAGAGCAUUUUCCCCGUGAGGUCAUACAGAAGUAGAAACAUAUUGAGCGUAGAAGGAUUGUUAACGUUGGUAGCUGCACACAAAAUGCAGACAAUAAAAUGCGUAGGUGUUGGUGACGGAGCUGUAGGUCUAACCUGCCUAAUGACAACUUAUACUACCAACGUGUUUUCAUGGGAGUACAAUCCCACAGUGUGCGAAACAUAUUACGCAAACGUGAUGGUAGACGAAAAGCCGAUCAGUCUGGAAUUGUGGGACACAGCGGGCCAAGAAGACUAUGACCGCCUCAGGCCACUCUCCUACCCGAAUACGGAUGUCAUCUUAAUCUGUUUCUCGCUGAUCAAUCCAUACAGUUUUGAGAAUGUACGAGAGAAGUGGUACCCGGAAGUGAGCCAACACUGUCCUCGCACGCCCAUUAUCCUGGUGGGGCUCAAGCUGGAUCUAAGAAAUGAUCAGGAGACCAAUGAGAAACUCAAAAUAAAGGGGCUGUCGCCAAUCACAUAUCCGCAGGGCCUGGCUCUAGCGAAAGAAGUGAACGCCGUGAAGUAUUUGGAGUGUUCCGCCCUGACUAAGGAGGGUAUGAAUACCGUUUUUGACGAAGCUCUUAGGACCGUGCUUUGUCCGCGAAAACGAGUCAAAGAGAAAAAAGGAUGCGAUGUAUUCUUAAUCUGUUUCUCGCUGGUCAGUCCAGCCAGUUUUGAGAAUGUACGAGCAAAGUGGUACCCGGAAGUAAGCCACCAUUGCCCGGAUACGCCCAUCAUCCUGGUUGGAACCAAGCUAGAUAUGCGAGAGGAUAAGGAGACAACGGAAAAGCUUAAGGAGAAAAAACUUUCGCCACUCACAUAUCCGCAGGGACUGGCUUUGGCAAAAGAAGUGAACGCCGUGAAGUAUUUGGAAUGCUCCGCCCUUACACAGAAGGGCCUGAAGACCGUAUUUGACGAAGCCAUACGGGCUGUUCUUUGUCCGCGAAAACCAGUCAAAAAGAAGGGCGGGUGUACGCUAUUCUAAUGUCGAUGAGAAAAUAUAUCUUUUUUUAAAUCCUAUUUUAUGCCUAGUCCCAAAAUUAGGGAUGUCUAGUAUAUUACUUUCUAUAUUUAGAAUACUUCUUACAUAAAUUUUAAGCAAACAGCGCACACCCUGAUGAGACGCCGCAUCAUGCGCGUCUCAUCUGGGUCUACGCUGUUUGCCAAGGCCUUUUUUCUAGACGCUAGGCAUAAAUGGGUUAAUGGGAUAAUGAGUGUACACUAUUCUGUCUGUUGCGUUGUUUAUGAGCUGUUCCUGAACUUUCGAUUCGAAAUUAAAAAUUGCCGCUUUAACUAUAUGAUUGUUUUUCCCUUUGCGAUGUGUUUGUAUACUGCUGGUUUAUGUUUGUAUUUAUGAUUUCUUAGAGACAUUUAACUUCAAUAAGGCAUUUAAAAUAACUUCAAGUUAAACGGAUUUGUGUUGUGUUAACCAAAUCCUGUGAAACGUUUCAAUAAGGCGUAAACAGUGCUUUGUUUCCACUGACCCGACCAACCCAAUUGUUUAUGUCGAUCAUAAACGUUUUUUCGGUAUCUAAGGUUGAGUAUGGGGUUUUUAAUGGUUUAUUUCGAUGCUUUUCUCUGAAUUAACAAUCAAGUUUGCGAUACACUUUGUGACAUAUGAUCAAAUUAGCUAGAUUAACAAAGCAAUAAUUAGAAGAGAAUAAUAUGGAGAUGGAGAUAAUGUCUGCAUGUAAUUGUCUAUUCUUAUAAAAGUGUAGAAAUGGUGUAACUGGCCUUUAUACAUUUAUUAUUUAGACAAUGCUGGUGGAAACGAUGUGAUGUUCUUUUUUGCCCAAGGGUAUAAGAGUUUGUAUAUUACAUAUUAUAUUAAAUAUUUUUGUAUAGUAUAACCGAAAUACAUUAUAUUAUCAUGUUCAUGUAAAUACAUGUACUUCAUUUAUGAAUGAGAUCACGUUUAUAUAGUUCUGCGUGAAAUGCAUUAAGACUGUUAUAUAUGUUUAUAAUCGAUUAUCUUUUACACUUAUGUUUUAACUUCGGUAUCAUAAGAGUCUUGUCUAACAAUAAAAUCUGUUGUGUUAAAUGUUCAAAUUAAUUGCAAAAUGUGUGUAUUCCACUGAACAGCACAAUAACUGGUUUAACUUAGUUAACGAUUAAUAAUUGAAACGGUCUCAUCAUUUCAACUUGUAUGUUCGAUGGGACUGACUUAACCCAUUCAUGCCUAGCGUCCUGAAAAAAGGACAUUCCAAACAGCGUAGACCCAGAUGAGACGCCGCAUGAUGCGGCGUCUCAUCAGGGUCUGCGCUGUUUGCUUACAGAAAUUUCUGUAAGACAUUUUCUAAAUAUAGAAAUAAAUAUACUAGACAUCCCUAAUUUUGGAAAUAAAUUGAUCCAAUUUAGAAGGAUGGGAGAGUCCACUCGGCUUAAAUGGGUUUAACUCACAUAAAUACUCAAAAUCAACGAAUUUUUCGCAAACUAUUUUGUCAAAUAAAGUUAAUCCAUUAACAGUCAAUGUUCCUUGUAGCAAUAGCAAAACAAAUCAACUCUAAAUGUGUUAUCGUAACAUAGAUUCAACGAGAUACAAAAUGCUCGUUUUUUUUGUGCGACAAUAUAAUUAUUCCAUGUGAAUUUCCCGCGACGAUAUCCGAACAUUUACGAUUGAACGCUAGACUGGCUUCGGGCAACGUCGGAAGAACGACGUAUUCAUGAGAACUGCGUCGUGCUUCUCGACGCUUCCCGAAGCCAAUCUCGAAAUAUUGUAUGAAAUAUUCGAUGCUUUAGAGUGUUUAUGGGCUUUUACGCGUUCAGUAAAAGCUUAUAGUUUCUACUACGCCGGACAUACAUGUACCUUGCUUUAUGUGCCGACCCUAAACUCUUGGAAUUCAAGAUAAGAUGUUCGAUCACUUUCGUCGAUUUUGAUUUAGUUCGCUAAAAUUCAUAUUACAUUAAACGAAAUAAAUUUGCAUAUCGAGCUGUUGAAGGUAA